AUGGCGUCUCUUGGUCCAGCGGUUUCAUCCUUGCGAUCUUCACUGUCUCUGCUCGAAUCAAGCGUCUCCAUCCUUGAUGAGGGAGUAUCCGACUUUCCUCGCCUGUGCAAGGUCCUGCAAACACGACAACACUUUGAACUCCUUCCCGAACCCACGCUACGCGAGGCGCAACAGUCUCUCAUCGGUGAGAUCGCUCCCGUCAUCAACCAAUUGCUGUGCACUGCGGAGAAUUACGUCAACCAACUCGAGAGGAAAGAGGAGGGUCUGAAAGCGCGAUCCGAAUUGUUGGAAGGGCGAUUGAACAGUAACAGGAGAAACUCCAGCUUCGGUGGCAGUGCACAACCCCUUCGCAGUGCCAGGCCGGGACAAUCUAUUGGACUCAGCGAUACCCAGAUGCUGGAGAUGAAACGCAUGCAGCAGAAGAAAGAGAGACUUCAAUAUGCGAUCGAACGAUUGGAGUUGCAAAGCAAACAAAGAGAACGUGAACUGAGGAAGAGCAUGGCAAUCGUGACAGAGUGA